CAAAUUUCAUGUUUGGCCCUACUUUACAAAGUGUUUUACUUGGUUUAAAAGUUCCCCCAGGCCCCUAUUAUUCUAAGCUAUACCACUAUUCUCUUUAUUUCUUCUCAUUCUUAUGCUCUCCCAUUGUUUCUUUCUUCACCAAUUGCCAUUCAUCUCCAAAGAAAUUUAUUAUUUUAACCAGAGAGGGAAAAAAAACAAUUUGGAGCCAUUUAAUUUAAAAAAAUGAAAGGUGAAUUUGUAGAACCCCAAAAUGAAGGUGAAAACCCCAAUAAUAAUAUGUUUUCAAAGCUUCACCACCCUUUUUCUCAUCACUUUCAACUCAGUCAUGAUUCCGAUGACACCCCCACUCCCAAACGCCCUACCCGUGGCACUGGCGGCGGAGGAAGCGAUGGAGCUAGCAUUGAAGUCAGCCGUAGACCUAGGGGUCGUCCUCCUGGUUCCAAAAACAAGCCCAAGCCACAACUUGUCGUCACUCCUGAUCCUCACCCUCCCAUGAAUCCUUACAUUCUCGAAAUACCUAGUGGGAACGACGUCGUUGAAGCUCUUUCCCGUUUCUCUCGUCUCAAAAACAUUGGACUGUGUGUUUUAACGGGAUCCGGCGCCGUUUCAGAUGUUACUCUUCGUCAACCUACGACUACUACUCCAUCUCCAGCUACUGUUACUUUAUAUGGCAGAUUCGAUAUCUUAUCCCUCUCCGCAACGUUCUUACCCCAAACGACGUUGUGUCACGUGCCUAACACGUUCUCCAUCUCUUUAGCCGGUCCUCAAGGGCAGAUCGUCGGAGGUUUCGUAGCCGGUUCGUUGGUUGCGGCUGCCACUGUGUUUAUAGUAGCUGCCACGGUUAACAACCCUUCCUAUCAUCGUUUACCAGGAGAAGACGACGAAACAAGAAACACGGUGUCAUCUAGUGGUGGUGAUGAUGGUGGUAAAGGACAGUCGCCGUCGUCUGGUGGUGGUGGAGAUGGAAGCCGCGGUGGUGGGGCUGAUUCUUGUGGUGUUUCAAUGUAUAGUUGUCACAUGGGUAGUGGUUCGGAUGUGAUUUGGGCCCCUACUGCAAGACCACCACCGCCUCCACCGCCUUAUUAAUGAGUUCAAAGUUUUUGGCUUUUUCAGCUUUUCUUUUUCAAAAAAAAAAAAGGAAAUUUAAAGUUUUGUUCACUUUGAAGCACUGUGAAUCAAUGGAACUUAGGGUAUCCUUUUUUUUUUCUGUUCUUUCCAUUUUGGGUAAUGUAGUGUUCUGUUUCAUGAACAUAUUAUUAUCAUUGCUUACCUUUCUUUAAAUUUUAAUCUGGAAUUAUUAGAUAAUCAAUGGAAAAUUGGUUUCUUCACAUACAGUUUUCAUUAUAGUGUAAUAUCGAUCUGAAUAUUUUGAAGUUAAUUUGACUUCAAUAGAAAAUUAUAUUUAAAGAUAAAUUAAAUAUAGUAAUUUAAUUGAAUUAUAAUAAUGUUUAUUUUUAAAAUUUGUAUAUGCAAUAUUUUUUGUUUAUUUUACCAAAUAUGUUAAAAUUUUAUCUAUUCAAUUUUUAUACAUUUAUUUUUAAUAAAAAUUUUUUUACAUGAAUUUCUAGUUACUUUUAUCUAAUUUAUCCUUUAUUAAAAUACUAAUUAUUUACAUGAAAAUAAAAAAUUCACAGACCAUCAAUUUUGUUCUUUUUUUUCAAAAUUUAUAAUUAUUGUUAUUUGUUACUUUAUUCUUGAGAAAUGUGUUAAAAGAAGAGAAAAAUGUAGAAGCAUAGCAGAGAGGAGAAGAGAGGGCUAAAAAGCAAAGAGUGGGGGUUAGCUUUAGCCAUUGAUUGAGUCUGGAAACUUGUGAUACGUCAAUAUCAAAACUUUCUUCUUUUCUGUUUCUAAAACUGGGUUUAUUUUAAGUCUAGAAAAUCUCAUUCACUACAUUACAAAUGCAUCAGAUUCAUUUGCUUAAGAAUAUAUAUAUAGGGGGAUUGGAAGCUGAGAGCGUAUCAGACUUGUUUUUGCUUCGGAGUUUGAAACUGAUUAAACAUAUCUCUGCAAACUCACUGCUGCUGAAAGCUAAUAAUGCAUGCUACUGCUACUGCUACUGCUACUGCUACUGCCGCUGCUGCUGAUUCCAUUCUUGCUUUUAACUUUGCUUCUUCAUUGCAUGAAUAUGAACAGACAAGGGUGAGUUUUAUUUGGUUUCCCUCAUUUUUUUAAUUAUUUAUUAUAAUUCCAUUUAGUUUUGUUGAUAUAAAGA